UUACUUAUAUUUAUUACUAUAUACCUUAUUUUACCAAUCAUAAAAUAUUAAUAAAUAAUAAAUUAAAAUGGUGCUUAGGUGUUGUGUAUGCGGAAGUAAUGCUAAAAAUAAUCAUAAUUUGUCAUUUCAUUCGUUUCCUAAAGACAAAAAAAAGAAGGCUAAAUGGAUAGAAUCAUUAUGUCUAAAUGAAGUGAAAACCUGGCAUAGGGUAUGUUCACUACAUUUUAUCAAAAAUGACUACAGGGUCUGUAAUGAAGAUUCACCAUACAACUGUUUGACGUCUGGGGCAAUACCACAAAAGUAUGAUGUUGUUUCAGUUGGAUUUGUAGAGCUACAAGAUUCAAAUGUGGAGACACCUCUAUUAUCUGUAUCUUACAGUGAACCUACUGAAUCAUCAGCUGCGACACCAAAGUGUAAAAAGUAAGUAUAAUAAUAAACAGAUAACUGUAUAAUAUUAAUAAAUAAUAAUUUCAUACUCAAGUCAUCUACACUAUAACGUUAAAAAUAUUUAAUAAUUUGUAAUUUGAAGGUAGAUAUUAUAAAUAAUGCAUACAGUUAAUAAAA